ACUCGGAUCAGAGCAAUCGCCCAGCUUUAUUAUCCAACUGGUAUUAGAAGGGGGGAAAAGCCCAGAAAAAAAUGCCCAACGAGGACACAAGUGACGCUAUCGGCAAAGGUCAAAAGGAACAGGAGGACAGAGGAGCUCUGCUUGAUGACAGCAAGUCCACCAUGGGAAAAGGUGACACCAACAUGCCUGGCCUCUGCAAACCAGGCAUUUCCUGCUCCAGUCCUCCGAGAUUAGUAUCUAUGACGGAAGUUCUGGAAACUGCCCAGGAUGUGUCCAACAUGGCCAUGGCACAUGAAAUUGUUAUCAACAGCAACUUCCAGAUCCAGAAGAUAGAACCUCCUCAGAACAGUUUGGAAAGAAGAGUGAAGGAGAUUGUGCACAAAGCUUUCUGGGAUAGUCUGCAAGCCCAGUUAAAUGAGACACCACCACAAUACUCCCAGGCCAUAAAGCUGCUGCAGGAAGUUAAAGAGUCACUAUUGGCUCUCCUGCUUCCUGGUCACACCCGUUUACGGACCCAGAUCGGUGAAAUGCUGGACAUGGAGUUGAUUGAGCAGCAAGCUCAGCAUAAUGCACUGGAUAUCCAGCAAUUGUCCAGCUUCAUCAUAGGCAUGAUGGCAAAUCUGUGUGCGCCAGUCAGGGAUGCAGAGAUUAAGAAGCUGAAAGGCCUCACAGGGACUGUAUCACUCUUCAGGGAAAUCUUCCGUGUGCUUGACCUGAUGAAGAUCGACAUGGCAAACUUCACCAUGAAAACCUUGAAGCCUCAUCUACAACAAGAGUCUAUCCAAUACGAACGCAGCAAGUUCCAGGAGUUCCUCGACAAACAGCCCAAUGCUUUGGAGCACACGACUGCAUGGCUGAAGGCAGCAACAGAAGAAACUGUCAAUUCAGUCUCAUCAUCUCAUGGCAACUGUCCAGCAGUGGUGAGCCCGAUAAUGGUGUUGAAUCAAGGCUUCAUGAACUUGCUGAAAUGGGACCAAGUCACCGAUACUUAUCCAGAGACUGUGCUGAUGGACAGAUCACGUCUACAGGAACUGCAACAGAGAGUCGACCAGCUGACCCUGGUGGCCUCCAUCCUAUUGGUAACCAGUAAUACAGUAGGAGCAGCCAUUUGUGGUUUGCCUGGGUUUGUAGAUAAAGUAAAGCAGGUCACUUGUGCCUUGUUGGAUGGGCUGAACCACAAGUUAGAAGAAUCUCUACUUGCAGUCAGCGACCAGAUAUAUAGAGAGGUCAAGUCACUUCCUGAACAUGGAUGCACUCCUCUGACAAGCGAGCAAGAAGCCAUUUUAAAAGGACAAAUCAGAAGCAUUACACAGAGAGACAAUGUCAUUCGUAACCUGAUAGGUGAGCGGAUCCACUCAUACCUGAAGGGUUUUCUCAACAUCCCGGGUCCACAGAACUGCCUUCCUGCUCUCCCAGGGGGGCUUGCUCCAGUUCAGGCAGAGCUCAAGGAGAUUGGCUGCAUUUUUAGUCGUAUACUGCACCACAACAGGAUGGUGUUUGGACCCUAUUACUCAGGGAUUCUGGUGAAGCUGCUCUUCAUGGACGGUGAUGCCGGGAUGGACUCUCGCUGAGUCUGAAAGCAGGAACUACGUCUAUUGCUUGUACCAGCAAAAACCAAACAAUUCGUCUUGAACUGGUUGGAACUACGGCCUUCUCUUAUCACAGCUUGUCCACUUGUGCCUGAACAGCGAUAAAUCACCAAGAGGACUUUUGAAAGCAACAUUACCUCCGAACAUGCUAUGCUACCUUCUGCCAAGUUUGAAUCUGGCUGAGCUCCCGGUCUGCUUCUCUGCAAGGAACAUCUAUCUGACCCUCGCUUGCCGGCUCCUACUGGAGCAGGUGAUGAAAAGGCAGCCUGUAAAUAUUUUAAUUGCACUAUCAUAUUUUUAAUAAGCUUGCGUGAGGUGAUAAACAGAUUCUCCAUAUGGGGGCAAGGGAGAGAAUUUCCAAGCUAAUGAGCAUCAAGGAUUGCUGCGUAAUCAGGUUCAUAUGACAAACCUAUUCAUUGAUUUUGUUUUAAACUAUUAAUCUUGGCUACACUUUUUGUUUCAUGUUUACUUCAUUGUUCUUUAUGCCUUUUGCAGGUUGUAGGCAGUUAGUGAUGUGUUACAACAGGCUGGAUCAUUUUUAUUGCAGGGGUUAAAAACUGGGAAUGCUGGAUAUCUGAAAUAAAAUGGAAAUUUCUGAAAAUACACUGCAGAUCCUGAAAGGGGGAAGAUCAGGUUCAGAUUUCAGGUUCGAUUCACAAUUUGGUUCAGAUUUCAGGUGCGAUUCCUGAUCCGUUUCAGAUUUUGGAUUCAAUUCCUGAUCAGGUUCAGAUUUCAGGCGCAAUCCCUGAUCUGGUUCAGGUGCAAUUCCUGAUCCGGUUCAGAUUUUGGGUUCAAUUCACGAUCUGGUUCAGAUUUUAGGUGCGAUUCAUCUUCAGGUUCAUAUUUUGGAAUCGAUUCCUGAUCAGGUUCAGGGUUCAGGUUCAAUUCCUGAUCUGGUUCAGUUUUCGGGUGCCGUUCCUGAUCUGAUUCAGAAUUUGGGUGCGACUCCUGAUCUGAUUCAGAUUUUGGGUGCAAUUCCUGAUCCGGUUCAGAUUUUGGGUGUGAUUCCCGAUCAGGUUCAGAUUUCGGUGCAAUUCCUGAUCCGGUUCAGCUUUCAUGUUCAGUUCCUGAUCUAGUUCAUAUUUUGGGUUCGAUUCCUGAUCAGGUUCAGAUUUUGAGUUCAAUUCCUAAUCAGGUUCAGAUUUCAGGCGCAAUCCCUGAUCUGGUUCAGGGUUCAGGUGCAAUUCCUGAUCCAGUUCAGAUUUUUGGUUCAAUUCACGAUCCGGUUCAGAUUUUAGGUGCGAUUCCUCUUCAGGUUCAUAUUUUGGAAUCGAUUCCUGAUCAGGUUCAGGGCUCAGGUUCAAUUCCUGAUCUGGUUCAGUUUUCGGGUGCCAUUCCUGAUCCGAUUCAGAUUUUGGGUGCGACUCCUGAUCCGAUUCAGAUUUUGGGUGCAAUUCCUGAUCCGGUUCAGAUUUUGGGUGUGAUUCCCGAUCAGGUUCAGAUUUCGGUGCAAUUCCUGAUCCGGUUCAGCUUUCAUGUUCAGUUCCAGAUCUAGUUCAUAUUUUGGGUUCGAUUCCUGAUCUGUUUCAGAUUUUGAGUUCAAUUCCUGAUCAGGUUCAGAUUUCAGGCGCAAUCCCUGAUCUGGUUCAGGGUUCAGGUGCAAUUCCUGAUCCAGUUCAGAUUUUGGGUUCAAUUCACGAUCCGGUUCAGAUUUUAGGUGCGAUUCCUCUUCAGGUUCAUAUUUUGGAAUCGAUUCCUGAUCAGGUUCAGGGCUCAGGUUCAAUUCCUGAUCUGGUUCAGUUUUCGGGUGCAAUUCCUGAUCCGGUUCAGAUUUUGGGUGUGAUUCCCGAUCAGGUUCAGAUUUCGGUGCAAUUCCUGAUCCGGUUCAGCUUUCAUGUUCAGUUCCUGAUCUAGUUCAUAUUUUGGGUUCGAUUCAUGGUCAGGUUCAGAUUUCAGUGCAAUUCCUGAUAUGGUUCAGCUUUCAUGUUCCUGAUCUAGUUCAUAUUUUGGGUUCGAUUCAUAACCAGGUUCAGAUUUUGAGUUCAAUUCCUGAUCAGGUUCAGAGUUCGAGUUCAAUUCCCGGUCAGGUUCAGAUUUUGGUGCGAUUCCUGAUCAGAUUCAGAUUUCAGGUGCGAUUCCUGAUCCAGUUCAGAUUUUGGGUGCGAUUUCUGAUCCGGUUCAGAUUUCGGGUGUGAUUCCCAAUAAGAUUCGGAUUUCAGGUGAAAUUCCUGAUCAGACUCAGAUUUCAGGUGCGAUUCCUGAUCCGGUUCAGAUUUCAGGUGCGAUUCCUGAUCAGGAUCAGAUUUUGGGUGCGAUUCCUGAUCGGGUUCAGAUUUCGGGUGCGAUUCCUGAUCGGGUUCAGAUUUCGGGUGCGAUUCCUGAUCGGGUUCAGAUUUCGGGUGCGAUUCCUGAUCGGGUUCAGAUUUCGGGUGCGAUUCCUGAUCCGGUUCAGAUUUCGGGUGUGAUUCCUGAUCCGGUUCAGAUUUCGGGUGCGAUUCCUGAUCCGGUUCAGAUUUCGGGUGCGAUUCCUGAUCCGGUUCAGAUUUUGGGUGGAUUUCUGAUCCGGUUCAGAUUUUGGGUGCAAUUCCUGAUUCGGUUCAGAUUUUGGGUGCAAUUCCUGAUCAGGUUCAGAUUUCGUUUGUGAUUCCCGAUCCGGUUCAGGUGCAGUUCCUAAUCAAGAUGUUGUUCAGAUGACAAAGCAAAAUGCAAAAUUCUGUUUCCCUCUUCUCAGAUGCUGCAGAUAUUUUGUGUUUUCAGAAGGUUCUGUUUUUAUCUUACAAUCCUACUGUAAAUAUUGUUGGCUGAUUACCAACACCAGCAAAGUUCCUGAUUAUCAUAGUUGUGGGAUUUUUAUUAUGAAUUAUAUUAGUUACAAAAUACACCAGCGAUGGAUUUUUUAAAUUGAUUUUAGACAUUAGCAACUGUAUUAGUUAUAGGAUUGUAUACUUGACUUUGUUUUGAUUUUGUUACCCUUUCUCCCAGAGGUUAUCCUUUGUCACUGUCCCACUGUCAAAGACAGGCAACGACUCAAUUGCUGGUCUUUGCCUGUUUUAAUCUGGAUGCUAAGAGGGACAUCAGAGCAGGACAAUUCAAACUGACUUCUGAUGCACCCUCUUCACGGAGAAAUACUUGACCUCCAUUCAGUGCCUGCUGCUGAUGCCAUGACUCAGGUGGGUACAGAGCCAAGAACUGGCCCUUCAAGGCAUGCCACACCUCAGCUCCUAAAUGAUCCCAGCAGCAAGUUAUUAAAAUAAGCACCAUCAGUGUCCAAACCCAUUUUACUACAGAGGUCAAGUGGAUUAAAAAGACAAACUAUAUCCCCAUUCAAAAGGAGCUGAAUGGAUGAAUCCGGAUCUCUGUCACUGUUCAGCAGCAGUAAGCGGAGUGUGAUCUGGCAAUGUUGGAGUCUGGGAGCAAAUCACCUACUUCACUCACAGACAAGGAAAUAUAUGUGACACUGGACUUCCUAGGGAGGGGAAAGAAAUAUACAUGUAUAGAGUGGAUUAUUCCAUGUUGAGUGACCAUGAGAGAUUGUGAGCAUUCAUUGUAUAACAGAUAUCUUUUCCAGCUGUGUUACUCAGGUGCUAUGUAGAAUUUUCUCAAUUGUUGAUACUUGCUUUUUGAAAAAAUAAUUUCAGUUUGGCUGAAUUAAACCAAAUUUAGCUUGUUUUUAA